UGUCAUCGUUUCCAUCAGCAAGGAUCAAGCGGAAUAUUCAACAGCCAUAGGCCAUCGGUUGCAGGAUCAUGGCCUUGUGGUGGAAAUGAUAUACCUUACUUCUGAAUCAGGUCUCACACGUGCCCUCCAAGAAGUUAAAAACGAUGGUUCUCCAUUUUGCGUUCUUGUUGAACCAUCUAAUGUAACACUUUCCUCAUGCACCGUAAUCAUGCUUCAUCAGACUAUCAAAAUCCACCGUAAUAUGCCCAUGGAAGAUGCCCUGGCUCUGAUAGCUAAAGAGUUUGAGGAAAUUUUUGCAGAGCAUGAACAACAGCAGCGCACAGAGAUUUCCCACAAAGCAGCUGAUCUGGCGGAUGGCUUUCUAGAGCGGGAGCUUUAUGAGAGCUACCAUGUGCCUCUAGGCAUUAGAAACCUCCUCUUUCUGUUAAGUGAGGGAAAGCAUUUGUAUAUGGAAGAAUUGAACACAAUAAGUGACUACCUGAAGACCAGGAGAAAUAAGCUUGAAGGUUUUGUUGCAGAAACGAAUACUUUAGCCGCCGCAGGUGAAGACAGCGAGUAUCCAAACGCCAGGCCGAGUGGGAGCGCUCUCCCCCCGACGCUAAGCAAGCCGCCCCCUCUGCUGCCAACCCCUGGCCGAACUCCUGCCUUAGGGCCGUCUGCUGCGCCCCCGCCUAAGCCGGCUUUGUUGGGCAAAAGACCGCUGGGGGCUCUUCUUCCCACUCCAGCAGUGCUGCCUGGGCCGCAGGGGAAACCUCCCCCUCUUCUCACCAAGGUCAUCAAAAGGCCGAUGCAUGUAGCUCCUCCACAUCUCCCCGCAAAGCGACCACUGCUCGGGGGCAGACCUGGCCUGCUACCUACACCUACCUACAGGUGAGAGCUGGAUGAUGCCUGAUGCUUCAUGCCUAAGUCUGAAAGAAGAUAGUGUUGUUGUUGU